CCAAUUCCGGGGAAAAGAACGUGGGCUUUAUUGAAAAUGUCGGUGUGUUGUGGAACAGAGAGUCGCUCUACUCGAGGGAUGGAUUACAUCCAAACGUGAAAGGCUCACGCGUGCUAGCAGCUAACCUUCACUACACAGCGACAUGCAGCCAUUGCCGUGUCCGUCCUCGAGAAUGACUGCCUCUCUCAGCCAUCUGUCCACUUCCGGUUGAAUCUACGAGCCCUCUGACAGAGAAAGUUAAACAGGGUUGUAUUUAAAGCCACAACAGAUCAGGACUACGAGCUCAGACGACGGCAGAAGGGAUUCCACACCAAUACUGAACCGUAGCCUAACAGGUCGACCAUGUCGGAAAGUCAUCUAAUGGGCUUUUUAGUCCUCUUUCUCUCAGUCCUUCCUACUGAAUCAACUAUUGGAAUUCUCAACUCAAUCAACGACCUGAAGAAAAUCCCCUUCGGCCAAUCGGUGCCCAAGCACAGCCUUGUGCUGCUCCACUGGUUUGCCAGCACCAUAGAAAUAGAUAACAACGACGCGAUAGAGCUGACCUUUGAACCAAACCAUGGAGACUAUGGCACUCAUCACUAUGGAAACUAUGAGGGAGUCCUGGAUCAACUGCCCUUCGGCCACCGGUACUACACCCUCGGCAACAUCAACCCCAUGAUCAACAAUAACGGAAACUCUUUGCCCUCUUACUUCACCGGUCAAAUAAACCAUCUGUUGGGGGGUGAGGAACUGAACAGGGCUCGCAUCAUAUUCGCACUCUCCUACCGGAACACCAUCGGCCGGGUCUACAUCACACAGCACUACCAGACCCAUCAGGGUCAGGGGACUGUGUAUGACCCAGUGCACACCUACCGGAUCACCAUCCACCUCUUGAGGGAGCUCAGAGUCUUCUCCUUGGACCGAAGACAACGCUCCGAGCUGUCAGAGAUCGGAGGCAACAUCGGAAGCGGCAUCAAUGACCACGAACUUUCGUCUGUAAGAAAUACGUGGGGCCAGCUGGCGUGUGUCGGACUGCUGUUGUUCAUCGUGAUCAACGAGAGGAAUACGCCUUGCGACAGAGCUCGAGAACCGAAGCUUACUCCAAAACGUAACGUUCGAGCAAGCGCAAUUUGGUACACAUCUGUGAAUAUUCCAGAAAACAACUUCAACUACAGGCAACUUAAUCAGGACUCGGAUGAUGAUCAACCUUGCUAUACAUGUCCUUCUGUGUUCAAGAUAUGCGGAGUAAUAGUAGGAAUAAUAAUAGCAAUAACCAUAAUAACAAUAAUAAUUAUAUACAUUGAAUGAAUUAUGUUUUUUUAUUUCUGUGAAAUGCAACAAGUGGCCCAUCCCAUAUAGGAUUACAGGACACCGAUAUAACUGCACAAAGCGUGCAGUACAUACAAAAUCCAAAACACACCAUACAAUACAUUUCAUCCAGCACCGAAUAAACACACUUAAUAUAAAGAGACAUAUCCGGUUAUAUGUUGAUCCAGAUGUGUUGUCAAUCUUUAAAUGAGAACGAUUCAGACAGACAGGUUAAAUGUUUUGCACUUGACAAUUACAACUACUGUUGAGUGUGGGUGUGUGUCUGUGCGUUUUAUGCUUAUAAAUAGGUGCUCUUUCAUCUUCUCUGUACAUUUUGUAGGAAGUACAAUCAGUAAGUGCCUGAAUAGAUGUAUCUUAAUCUGUAUAUCUUUGUUAAUAGGUUUAAUGCUCAAUAAAAGAGACAAUUAAAUUAGAGAUGUUUGAUGUUCGCAAACAAAAACACUUUGCGAUAUCGAGUUAAAGGGACUUCCUUCAUUAUUAUUAUUAUUAUUCUGCACUGCGAGUGAGGGCGGGCGGUACCAUUACAUGUUUGUAGGGGUGUUCCCGUGUGGGAUGAUA